GUGCUGAAUGUGUAGGUGUAUACUUGAGAUAAUGGUGCUUCUACUUCAUGCUGAUUGGUCGACUAAAAAUCGGGCAUGUUGUCUUAGACUUUGAAGAAAGGCUGUAAUGCUGCCAACUUGAGGGCCAGUCAUAAUAAAUAUCAUUUGACCUAGUCGACCUCGGGACUGCCCAGUCGACUUCAGGUUUAGUCGCUCUGUGAUCUACUAAACUUGACGAUGCAACCUACCUUUCGACGGGUGUGGGUGUUAAACACUUCAAGACCUGGUUUGCUGUGGAGAAUGGCAUCAGCACGAGUGAUGAUAGUGCGUGGAUCCCUGCUGUUGAAUGCUGUGCUGGUACUGUACCUGUGUCUCUCAUGGCUGUCCACCACGCCUACCCGCCCUGGAUCGCUAACAAGAGACUUCUCUUUAGGCACACCCAAUUCUCUUGAUGGCCAUCAUGUUGGUUUGGGAGUCAUAGAAUUUAAUGAUGGGGUUAAUACCAACGGUGAGGGUGUUAGCCAGAAUUAUGUUCCUCUGGAAUUACCUCCACCUGAAGCUGUGGGUAAUGGGCUGAGUGAUAGUGAAGUAAGAGACAUCUCUCUUGGUGGACGUCGAACACUCGGGCAGUUGCCUGAACAAAUACGGCAGGAAGGUGUGAAGAAGGUAGUUCAAGGUGACAUAGAGCCAGUGCCUCAAGUAGGUGUAGAGCAGAUACCCCAGACUGGAGGUGUAGAACAGGUACCUCAAGGUGGUGUGGAAGCUCCUGUAGGGGAACAAGAGGAGCCUCCUAGGGAGGUCCAAGAGAGUGCAGGAGUGACUGAGCAGCUAGUUGCGGAGCCUCUUGCUAUGGAACCUCCUGACCCUCCACUGGAUUCCAUGGAACGCAAGAUAUACCCAGACUUACGAGAGUGCUCCACCAGACCACAGCGUCCUUUCUACUACCAGCGGGGUGACUACUGGGUCUUGGAGAAUUAUAUUCCUGCUGCCCUUUCCUUUCGCUGUGAUGAGUCCAUCACCUACACCACUCAUGCAGACUACACCUUUCUUGAUAACCUAGAACCUCUCACCUCUCGCUGGCAGGGUCCUGUAAGUGUGGCAGUGUAUGCACCUGGGGAUGAUUUUAAUGCCACCAUCAACACUAUUCUUUAUCUGCGAGAUUGCUGGGCAGAGGGCAUAAAGAAAUAUGUCACCUUCCAUCUAUUUUUUCAUGUUUCUCAUACACCUAAAAAGGUUCCAUCCAGUGAAGAGUUAUUGAAGAGGAAGACUGACUGUGCCCUGGAACCCCCUCGUUGGACUAACAUUACUACAUACAGGCAGCAAAAGAAAUUGUUGUAUCCUGUCAACAUAGCGAGAAAUACUGCUAGACAAGCUGUUCAGACCUAUUUUGUUUUUCCAUCAGAUGUAGAAUUGUAUCCAUCAAUCAAUUUCAUUCCAGAAUUCUUCAAAAUGCUCAAGCAGCCUGAUGCAUCCAAUACAACAAAUCAGAGAGUGUUUGUCUUUUCUAUUUUUGAAGUAAAGGAAAAUGCAACAGCUCCAGAAACUAAAAGUGAACUUCAAAAAAUGCUUAAAAAAGGAGAUGCCAUUCCUUUCCACAAGAAUGUGUGCGCCAAAUGUCACAAUGUACCGAUGUCUAAAGAAUGGGUUGCAGCUCCUGUGAAGCCUGGCAUGUCUGUGUUUCAUGUUGGAAAACGAAAGCCACCUUUUCACAAAUGGGAACCAAUUUAUAUUGGGACCAACAAAGAACCUUUGUAUGAUGAGCGACUGUCCUGGGAGGGUAAAAGUGACAAAAUGACACAGAUGUACAUCUUGUGUGUUCGGGAUUAUGAGUUUCACAUCCUUGAUAAUGCAUUCUUGGUCCAUAAGCCGGGUAUCAAGAAAGUACACAAGGAUCCAUUUCGGGAGAAGAUUGUGGCCAAGCAGAAUAGUGCCAUUAGCAGCAAGAUUUUUCCCGAGUACAAGACAAUCUUUGGUUUCCGUAAGAGCUGUGUUAUAUGAUCUAAGUUUCAGUAUAUUUUUAGAUUUUUCUUUAUUUUAAUGAAGCUAAUUUUAAUGCUAAAAUGUAAGUGUUGCUGACCAUUAAUUGAAUACAUGAAGUCAAAAUUUGAAACAAUCAGUAUACAGGUAUAGUGUAAAAUUUAAUCUGAACCCUUGUGCAUAGUUGUGAAGUGCAUAAGAGAAAAACAGACCAUAUUUUUGGUAAAAUAAUUUAUAUGGAAGUGAUCGCUUUCUGGCAAAUAAAAAAAAAAGUUGUCUUCAAUAGUAACAUUUUCAGGAGUAUUACUUCUAGCUAACCAUAUCAAGAGCUCUGUGAUGAUACAUAUGUAAUACUGUAUUCAUGCUGUAUAUGCAUAUAUUUUUUAAGUUCUGAUAAUGAAGUAUUAUGUGAUCUUUAUAACAUUGUUUCUUAAAGUGAUAAAUUAUCUAAUGCAUUUGGUAAUUGGUCACCAACUGUAUGUUCUUGAAUGUGUAUGGGCGGCCACUUGUGUGUACAUGUUGUAUGUGUGUUUGUGUCUUAAACUUUCUUUUUUAAUGAGUUUGUAACAAAAGUUUUUAAAUUUUGAUAUAGAUUACCACUUUAAUUACAAGUUUUCUAAUGCUGAAAGGUUAGAAGGUGCUUUUCCUUACUGUAGUUAGAAUGUUACAAAAAAAUCCUUUCUAAUAGUGUUACGGAAAAGAUUUUGAUGUGUGAGUUAUACAUUGAUGUAAGGGUAUUGUGUGUGCAUAUAAUAAUUUGUAUAUAUUGAUAGGUUUUAAUGUAUAUAUAUUUAUUGCCCAACUGUCUUCCGUCCUCCUUCCUUUGGUGCCUUAGAUUAGGCUUGCACUGAAGACAGCAAAAAUUUAAUACAUAUUUUUUUGUAAUCACAAGUGUGUCACAUGUACUCUACAAGAGGUCCAAGAGAACGUGGUGCAGGUAGCCUCGUUUUCCAUUAAGAAUGAGAUUUAUGUGUAUGGAGUAAAUUUUUUGAUUAUCAGAAACUAAUCAUCUACAUAGUAAUUUGUCAGGGAAAAUGAAUGAAAAGAUAUAAAAGGAAGUCAUGACAGGCAGGCAAACUGAGUAAAUCACAAUUUGAGUAUCCUAAGCAUCAAGAACACAAGUACCCAUGAAGUGUGUGAUGGGAGAGGUGCGAGGCUUGGCUCACAAGGAGGGUGUUCUGAGGGUUGAUGUUAGAGUCCCAAAAAUGGACAGUAAAAGGAACAGCAUUAAGGUAUUUUGAGCAUGGAGAGGGGACCAAGUUAUUCAUUAUCUGGUGCAGAAAGCUUGUUUGGCUUAUCAAGUUUUCCCUAGACAGUGGCCGACCAUCCCUAGGAUGCAUCCCACAGCAGUCUAUUAAUUUUCAGGUACCUGUAUAUUGCUAGUAAGGUAAGUAUCAGGAGAAAGUGCUAAGCAAAUGUUGAAUAAAUAGGAGAAAGCGCCAAGCCACCAUGACUAUACAGCGCUGAGUACUAAGCGAAUGUGACUACUGUAUAUAUUACUUGGGAGAUGAACAUAAGAAUGAAGGUAACUGCAGAAGGCCUAUUGGCCCAUACGAGGCAGCUCCUAUUUAUAUCCACCCAAUCUCAUUCAUGUAUAU